CGUUCGAUUGGCCGCAGAUAUCACUCUGAGUUAAUAUACCUUUAAUCGAAUAUUGUCCACCUCUACGAAGCAGUGAAGAAAAUUAUAGCGUGGUUUUUUCGGUUGAAAAACAAUUAAAAGUGCAACAAACAGUGAGCAAAACAAAGUCCAACUAACUCAGCCGUGCAUGCCAAGUCAUCAGCGUUCCGCGAGUCCAGCGAAGAUUGAUCUUGUUUCACCCAGCCUGAAAGUGUCACCGCCAAGACGUACGUGCGAAAAAUGUUUUGGGACAAGGGUUAUGCGCCCUCCGCGAAUAUAGAGGCGCUGCUCGAGAAGGAGAACUCCACGCUGGAGGAAUUCCUGGACGAAGAGGACAUACUGCAGGAGUGCAAGACGCAAAAGAAGAACCUGGUCAACUACUUUACACGUCCCGAGGUCAUUCGGCGUCUGGUGGAGCUAAUCACGACCGAGCCCUCUGAAGAUGUGCCCAUGUCGCAGCGAUUCCGCUACGCCAACAUGUCCUGUGAGAUACUCACACUCGGCCUGCCGUCCCUGGAUGAGAAGCUACUGAACGACGCGGAGACGCUGCAGCUGCUGUAUUCAUAUCUGGAAAAGGAACCACCGUUAAAUCCAUUGCUAUCGUCGUUUUUUAGCAAAACGUUUAGCAUGCUCUUUACCAAAAAGCCUGAACAAGAUUGGUUUUUGUAUCAACAUAUGUGCCUACAACUCCUGGAGUAUAUUAAAUCGCAGAAGACCUUUUUGGAUUUCAUUUGUAAACACUUUGACACACCGGUCAUACCUGAUCUAAUAAUGCAGAUGAUGAAGGACAUCGAGGGUGGGCGACUCAAGCGGAACCUUUUCGAAUGGCUAACUGAAGAUAAAAUUGUUGAGAGACUGAUUGCAAUAUUGCGUAAUCCUCAAGAAACCGACAAGCAUGCAAAUGUUGCCGACUUUUUCUGUGAUCUUAUUACCCAAGGGCGCCUAAUGCGCCAGACCGAGCAGGAGAACGAUUCGUUUGAGCCGGCCUUCGAUGGAUCCAACCCCAUUCUGAAGACGAUCGAAUCUGCGGAUACAAUUGAAGCCUUGUUAAAUGUGAUUUUGGAACCAAACGCUCAGGAGAGCGCCAUCUUAUCAGGAAUAUCGGUUGUACUUACGCUAAUCAAGCCAAUUACCUUCACAGAUGAGCCAAACUCGGAUCGCCAGCGAUUGUUGCAGAAGCGCGAACGCGAAUUUCACCAGGAAGUCCAAGAGACUGUGAUCACUGUGAUGGCGCCACGCCUCCAGGAAUUUGUCCACAUACUGAAAAACCCGCCUGCGAAACCCACGCUAGAAACCACGGCCGCCGUUUUGACGCCCCCAUUUGGCAAGACUCGACUGCAAGUGUGCCGCGUGUUCACCGCCCUGCUGGAGACCAAGCACGAGACUAUUCAGCAGGCAAUCUGCGCGACUGAGUACUUCAGCCUUUUGCUGGACUUCUUCCAGCAGUACUGCUGGAACAACUUCCUACACACAGAGAUGGAAAAGGCCUUGCAUGUGGUCUUUUACAACGAGCUGUCCAACAACAACACUGCAUCCACGGAGGUUACGGACUUCUUUACUGCAGACUGCCUGAUCAAUGCCUUUUUGAAGGUGGGCACGGAGGAGUCCGAAGUCGAGCUGAAGAACGCACUUAACGAUGCAAAGAGGGCGGAAGGUGGCAAGGAUGAGGAAGGCGGCGACAUCGAAAUCGAAGUGGCAGCUGCGCAGGAAGUGGCUGCCCAGACCCACGAUGAGCGACAGGCAACUGCAGAAGAAAACCAAGAGCAUGAAGAACACAAAAGUCAAGUGGAAACCGCAGCCGAAGCAACCGCUUCUGAGGAAGCAGAACCUAAAAUCCAGGAGAAUUGUGAGGUUGAUGGUGGAUCUCCAGCAGAUCAGCAGGAUUCGGAGCCAACGCUCAAUGAUCUCGACAAGACUAAGACCGUUCCCAGUGCUCCGCCCUCUGAAAUGCAAACACAUUUAAUUGUAAACUGUCAUCUGGUAUCAAAACUGGUCGACUUGUGGCAGCACAAUGCGCAGGCGCAAUCUGCUGAGAAGGGUCGACGUCUGGGCUAUAUGGGCCACCUUAUCAAAAUUCUGCGUCACAUUACGAAUUGUAUAUCAGAAUCUGAACAUAUCGGUGAUCUGAUCACCACCAGCUUAAGUGACGAAGCCAAACUUAAGCUGUGGCAAUCCUUGAUCGACGCGGAAACUGGCGAGUUUUCGCUAGCGGUUAAACAGCAGACCAAGCUCUUGGCCGACUGCAAUCCGCACGAGGAGAAUGAGUACAAUGUGGGCUCCAAGGACUAUAUGGGCGAGACAAAUGCGUGGGAUACUGGAACCUUGUCGUACAGCAACAUGGGAUAUAGUGAUCUGGAUAACACGUUGCAAGACAUCGUAUUUACCAAUGAUCAGAAUCUGUUCCAGUUUGGUCGAAACAUUGACGACGAAGAUGAUGACGAUGAUGAGCAUGGCGACCACUUGGGCGGUGGUGAUGGCCAUGGGCACGGCAUGUUCACCAAAAAUUCGAUCACGCUUAACAACUUGACUGAUCCCUGGGACAUGGACGUCCAGUUUUCCGACAUUCCCAGCGUUUCUGCGCAGAUCAAUACUGGCACCGCCAACUGGGGCACGGAUUUCAAUGCGGAUAACUUUGCCGACUUCGAUGCGCACUUUAGCACCUUCGGCAGCGAUCUGGGUAUGCCUAUAACUGCACCGCCAGGUGAAGAGGAGGAGGAGGAAGACUCUUCUCCAGCGCCGGGUGAGGUGAACCCAGGGGAGGAUCGCCAACCAGCAGAAUCUAUUGCAAUCGCUGUGGGCAAGGGCGGCCAGGAUAAUCUAGGGUGUACCGACGAUCAGCAGGCUGAGUACGACAAUAAUGCCAACGUGGAGAAGGCCAUCAGCGAUAAGCUGGCAGAGUCGAGCGUGGUGGAGACUGCAGCAAUUGUAACUCGACUGCAAUCCGUACUCCUGGAUGCCGAGGAUGACUAUGAGGACGAUGAGGGAAUGUGGACCAAGCCAUUGGGUGCGGAUCGUCCUGCGGAGACCGAGCAGAUAACUCCCAUUUCAAAUGGACCAGCCAGCAAAAUUAAUGAAUUCAAUCAUGCUAACGAUAACAGCAGCAACAACGUGGAUGGCCACGAAGCCAACAUCACAGCGGAGCAGCAGAAAUUGGCCGCUGCCGCCAAGACGAACAAUGUUGAAAUUGCAACUACGACCACAUAAAUGCACUUCCUCACACCACACAUCAUUCAACCGCAAUCGUGUCGACGAGAAAUUGUAAAAACGCCUUUGAUUUGCUCUUUGGUCAUUAUCAUGCAUACAUAUUUAUAUAAAUAUAUACCACAUACUACUACUAUACGUACAUAUAUAACAGGCUGCAUAGUACAACAAAAGAUUUGUGUAUUAGCAAAAGGCCGAAGCCCGCCCAAAACCAAAAUGCAAAUUAACAAAAAGAAAAAAAAACAUAAAAAAAAGCAAAAAAAAUAUUCACAGUAAAAGUGUAUUGUUGAUUCCUUCUGCUCCUCGCUCGUAUUGCCAAUUAUUUUAAUUAUUACACUUCCUUCAUGUUUCCUAAUUAAGAGAACUGUAUUUUGUUUGUAAUAUGUAUUAGUCUGUCGUUUUAGUACGCUUUUACUUUCAAUACUCUCAAUGUGUUAGGCAACCUAUGAGCAUUACUUAAAGUACCAAAAUUCACGCAACGUCUAGAAUGCUUAGUUUAUAUUUGUAUUGUAUUCGUUUUAGCUCGAUCAGAUGAGGAUUAUCUAUCUAUUCAUGUGAUGUAUAUACAUACAUAUAUAUAUUUAUAUAUAUAUACACACUUUUGGAGGCUGUCCGUAAAUUACGUUAUCGCAAAAGCGCCCAUUAUCAUCCUCCUUUUGUGGGGAAUCCCCUCCAAUUAGUGGUGACGUAAUCUAUGGACAACUCCGCACUUAUACUUGUAUUGUUAAAUUGGAGACUUGUAUUUAUUGUAUGUAUUUUGAAAUCAAAAGCAAAAGCAAUGCCAAAAUACCAACACGUUCAACACCACAUACCCACAUGCUGCAAGCACAAAUAUACGCAUUAUGUAUUAGAGAGGUAUAAGAUUAUAUACUUCUGUCUUUUGCCAUUAUUACCUUGUUUGUAUACAAAUCGGUUUAACCAAAAAAUAUUCUUUGUCGAAAGUACAAAACAAUGAAAAAAAAAACCACAAAAGAAGAAGGAUAAUAAACAUAACGAAAGGACAACACUCGGCAUUUGUCACCACAUGAAUGACUUACACCUACGAUCUAUAUGCCCUACCUAUGCAUAAAUACAAUUACCAGACCAAACCAAACGAAAUGAGAAAUUCAAAAGAAGACUUUCCAAGAAGACAUUUUAAAUUUACAUUUAUAUUUUUUGUGUAUUGUGUUAAUUGCUCUGUUCAAGUUAUCGCUGAAAAAUGUUUGUGUUUUAAACGUGCAGAAAACCACGAACAAAACGCUAAAAAAAAAUAUUAAGGAGAAGUUAAACAAAUAUGCCAUCAUUUGCUUCCAAAUAAUUACGUUUUAAUUAUGAUAAAAAAUAAAACAGAAACUACUUUAAAAGUAAAA